AAAACCCAAGCGCAGUAAAGCUCAACAUGAAGUGGACGGCGUUUCUCGUGGCUGUGGUGAUGGCGGCCGUACAGGUGCAGGCCAAGGACGACCUCCCGCCUGACGCCCAGCUGCGUAUCGGCGUCAAGCACCGCCCUGAGGAGUGCACCAUGAAGAGCGAACUGGGCGACACGCUGUCCAUGCACUACACGGGUACGCUACGCAAGGAUGGCUCCAAGUUCGACUCGAGCGUGGACCGUAACCAGCCCUUCGAGUUCCCUCUCGGCGCUGGCCGUGUCAUUAAGGGCUGGGACCGUGGACUUGUGGACAUGUGCAUCGGUGAGAAGCGUCGUCUGACGAUCCCGUCGGACCUGGCAUACGGCGACCGUGGCUCGCCUCCGAAGAUUCCGGCCAAGGCGACGCUGGUCUUCGACGUCGAGCUGCUCGACAUCAAGCGCAGCAGCGAUGAGCUGUAGACAAUUGGGAGUGUCCAUUAAAAAGCACUUUGUUCACAGGACUUUCGUAUCUUCACAACAAAUAAGCUAGUGGAUUAGUAAAUGACAGUGUGACGAUGUUACGUGGUUG